GCUUCUCUCAGAGGAUCUGCAGAAUAAUGGAGGCGCAUCAUGCAGCAGGUCUCCGUGUUUGCUGCAGAGCUCUCGGCCCAGCACACGCCAGGCUGGAGCUCCGUUAGACCAGGGAUCUGUAAAGUUUCUUCUUCGUGAAAAUCCACAGCACAAGGACUUCUUUCAUAUAUUACCUGCGUCAUGCCGUUUUACGUUGCCUGACUUUUUUUUUUCUUUUUUCCGUGUUUUGAUGUUUAUAUGAGGGGGACUAUACCAGGCCCACCAUGGUUUUUCCAACAUAAAUCAUUUUUUUCCCCCUACGUUUCAGUGCAGCCUGCUUUCUGUUUACUUAUAACUGGGAAUGGGAGGACCUCAUUUGUCUUUUUUUGAGCUGUAACAAGAUUUUCUGGAAGCGGAUAUGGGCCAGUUUUUUGCUCCACAGAUGGGUCCCUCGGAGGUGAAAUCAUGGGAGCCGUGCUGUCUCGGAUGAAGUGCGCCGCUCAGGUUUUAGUUUGGAGGAUUUGCGACAUGGGCUGAGCUCCUGCGAUGACUCUUUUCUCCUGAGAGAUGUUAUCUGAAGAUGGACGACGGGAAUCAGAGACGGAUUAAGCUUUAACCUACACUUGGUCAGACUGUCGUUGAAUAUCACGAGAGACCCGAGAUCUGUGCGCAUCAAAUUUCCAGUCACUUAACUCGAGGGCUUUUGAAGAAGAGUUUAGUAGUUGAGUAGUAGCAUAUAUAAUGUAGAAGUAUUUUUCUUGUACUCACAUAAAUUUCAAUAGUUUUUUUAUUUUUAUUUUUUAGAUUUAGUCAUUUAAAUGUAACGUCUAAAGCGUAAAUGACAAUGCGUCGCCGUGUGUCUGGCGUUAAAACGGACGAUAAUGUAUGAAAAUGUAAUAAUUCCACUAUAGUGGAGGCGAGAAGUCAACAGAUGUGGGUUUCUUCUUCCUCAUCAUAGAGGUUUGACCUAAAAAUAAUAAUAAUUACAACAAAAAAAUAAAACCGCAGAUUAGGGUUUUGAAUUAGGACGCUUUUACGCACGUAUUUUUUCGGCGCUUGUUUUGGAGACGCAGCUUUAGUUAAUAGUGAACUCUGUGGUGACUUUGUGUCGGCUGGAUUUCUCCGUCCCUCCUCACCGGACAAUGUGGCCCCCCCGCCUCGCGCUGCUGCUGCUGCUCCGGUUCUCCGGUGUGUUUCUGGUGGAGGGCUUCAACACGUGUCAGUCCAUCAACCUGGACGCGCAGAAGUCCCGGCGCAUCGAGGCGGUCCGCGGCCAGAUUCUCAGCAAGCUCCGCAUCCGCAGCCCGCCGGACGACGACGACGAGGAAACGUCGUCCGGCUCGGUGCCCCCGGAGGUCAUGCUCCUUUACAACAGCACGCGGGAGCUGAUGAAGGAGCGCGCGCGUCUGGCCGAGUCCGCGUGCGAGCGCGAAAGCAGCGAGGAGGAUUACUACGCCAAAGAGGUGCAGAGGAUUGACAUGCUGCCCCCCCGCACCCACACCAAUGCGUUGCAGCCCGUCACGCCCGACCCCCAUUACAGAGUCGUCCACUUCGACGUCAGCGGAGUCGACCUGACCAACAGCACCCUGGUCAAGGCUGAGUUCAGGAUCUUCAGAGCUCCCAACCCGCAGGCCCGGGCCUCGGAGCAGAGAGUGGAGAUUUAUCAGUUGCUCCGGCCGGAGGAAGAAAGCACCUCCACGCAACGUUAUAUCGACUCCCGCACCGUCCAGCCGAGGGCCAAGGGAGCCUGGAUCUCCGUGGAGGUCACUGAAACCAUAAAAGACUGGGUGUCGGAUCCAGAGAACAAUCUUGGUUUGAAGUUGGGCGUCCACUGUCCCUGCUGCACCUUUGUCCCGUCCACCAACAACAUUGUUCCCAACAAGAGUGAGGAGCUGGAGGCCCUGUUUGCUGGUUUGGAUGACGAGCAGCUUCGUCAGAUGAGGAAGCCCGGUCAGGUUAAAGGUCAGGCCGACUUCAGCACCAAGACGCCGCACCUCAUCCUCACGCUGCUGCCCAGCGACAGAGUGGACAACCCGGCCAAGAAGAACCGCAAGAAGAGGGCGGCCGCCACGGACGCCACAACCUGCUCCCGCGGUUCAGACCAGGGCUGCUGUCUGCGCUCGCUCUACAUCGACUUCAGACGUGACCUCAACUGGAAGUGGAUCCAUGAGCCAAAAGGUUACAAAGCCAACUUCUGUGCGGGCAACUGCCCGUACCUCUGGAGUGCCAACAACCACUACAACAUGAUCCUGCCCCUCUACAACAAGCUGAACCCGGAGGCCUCGGCGUCACCAUGCUGCGUCCCCCAGGACCUGGAGCCCCUCACCAUCAUGUACUUCAUAGGCCGCACGCCGCGCGUUGAGCAGCUCUCCAACAUGGUCGUCAAAUCCUGCAAGUGUCGCUGAAGGAAGCGGGUGCAGGCGGAGAGGUGAGGGAGGCAGAGAGGAGGAGAAGGACUACAGGACCCAAACUACAAACAGUUUCUUUCAUGGCAGAAUAAAGUCGUGAGGACAGAUGGAUCCUUUGCUCAUUAAGCUUCGCUGUCUGAUUACCUUUUAGACUUUCAAGAUGUUAUUUUUUUAUGCCACUUGAUUCAAACAUCAGGGCUGCUUGCUCCCCUUCUUACAGGCAUGAAAACUUCCCAGAUCCCUGUUUUUUUCUUUAUCCUCUGGAACUUUCCGUUUGAUAUAGGACACUGUAAAUACGAUCAUGUUGCUCUAUUAAACCUGUAUAUUAAAGUUAAAAAAGGGGCUGUUGUGUAA